CUACACGUACGCUUGUGCAUUCAGUUUAGUAACGUGCAACGUGAAAGUUUUCUACCUGUCGAACUGUUUUGACAGAAUUUAAUUCAUAAUUUUUAACGUAAAAGAAGUACUAUGUCUGUGUUGUAUUUACCUUUUUGAUUAACAAAAGCUGUCUGUCGUAUUUACUAUUGGAAUCCAGAGCGUUAAAUGACCUCCUUUAAACCGACUAAGAUAUAACAGGCAGGUUCUUCCUUGAUUUCGCAGAUCUACCUUUGAGAUGAAGGAUUUGAAACCUAUGCUCGACCCAAUGGGUCCUGCAGUAAUUUCCAGCGACCACGUGCUUGAACUGACCAGUGUCUUCCACACUGGCCAAGUAGAACCAGGGACAUGUUUCCAGAAGUUGGCUGGUUCUAUUCCCACCGGAACCGUUCUCAAGGAUGUUUCCAUGGAGGUUCACGCGGGAGAAGUCAUGGCUGUGCUGGGGUCUAAAGGCAGCGGCAAGCGAGCAUUGCUGGAAUGCAUAGGAAGACGAGCAUUGGGACUGACUAGGGGAGUAAUUUCUCUCAAUGGUAUUGGGUUGACACAACCUUUGUUUCGUGAACAAUGCGGGUUUGUUCCCAGACAAGCACAAUUACUUCCCGGACUCACAACUCGACAAACUUUGGACUAUGCUGCUCAAUUGACUCUAGGUGACAAAGUGUCCGGACACCUUAAAAGGAAUAGGGUGAAACAGGUACUGGCUGAUCUUGCUCUGAACCAAGUUUCAAACCGGGAAGUGAGCAGUCUCAAACCCAGUGAAUACAGGAGACUUGCCAUUGGCUGUGAGCUUGUCAAGGAUCCAGUGUUGAUUUUACUCGACGACCCGACCCACGAUUUGGACCCCUUAAACACAUACUUCGUGAUCUCAAUCCUGUCGAACCACGCCAAGAAGUCGAGUCGCAUCGUGGUACUGAGCAUGGAAAAGCCCCGGUCCGACAUCUUUCCUUUCCUGGACCGGGUCACCUACCUUAGCCUGGGAGAGGUCGUCUACACAGGCAGUACAAGAAUGCUGCUGGAUUAUUUCGGUAGCAUUGGAUUCCCUUGUCCAGAAUUAGAAAAUCCUCUCAUGUACUACUUAUGUCUGUCAACGGUGGACCGUCGCACCCGGGAGCGCUUCAUCGAGUCCAGUACCCAAAUUUCCGCCCUCGUAGAAAAGUUCAAAGUGGAAGGGGAACACUAUAGAAAGUGCUACGUUCCACCACACCUACCAACAGACACCAUAGAGCAGAAGGAUGCUCGCUACAAACUUCCUUUAACAGCCUACGGACAGCCAUCAGGAUGGCAAAUCUUCUGUACUCCUUCUCAGGUAAAACGUCGCUUCUGUGUCAUUUUCAACUGCAAUAAACGUGCAUUGAGGGAGCUUUUCCUUCGUCUUCUGCUGCUGCCCAUGUUCUGCGCCCUGAUCGUCCUACAUUACUUUCCCAUUGGAGACUUCCAACACAGUUUCAUCACUCGAAACGGACUCUUCUUCAACUCCCUGGUUGCGGUUUCGUUUCUCUCUGCUGCCAUCACUGCAGUUACACAUGCACCUCAUCGCAAUCGUUACUAUCAAGAAAGUCGGGAAGGUAUUUAUAGAGGUCCACUCUUCAUAAUUUCCACCAUUUCUUACUCCCUUCCUCUGAGCGUGGCAUCUGUUACGGCUGCUGGAACCAUCAUUUAUGCGGGUGCCAAACUACGAGAAGAAUGGGAACGUUGGGCCAUGUUCUGCGCCACGCUCUGGGCAGUAUAUUCCUUCUCUGAGCAACAAACCAUGGCUCUGAUGAUGGUCAUCCGUUCGUCUUUUACGUCUUUCGUCACCAGCAUAUAUAUCCUCAUCGCUUACAUUACUUGCUCGAGUGGAACCGUCAGGAGUCUAACUGCACUACCAGAAUGGUUCUAUUAUGCCAGCUAUGGACUCUUGUACCGAUACGCGGGUGCUUUUCUUCAACAGAACGAGUUCUCUGAAAACGAGCGGUUGUCCCAUCCGUAUUACUUAAACGGUACAGAGGCACUCUCCUGUCCCACAAGCGUUCCAGGCUCUUGCGUCUACGUGGAUGGCGAUCAUUACUUAGCACAGAAGUAUAUAACUUCAGACCUAUUAGAAGACUGGUUAAAUUUCAGCCUAUGUUUCGUAUUCGUCGGUGGUAUGUGGGUCGUUAACGCUGUGCUCCAUCUUGUGCCACUUCCUGCUUUUAUCAAAUCUAAGUUCAGGAGUUGAGCUUUUUCAAACUAAUGUUUAGGUACAUUUUAAAUAUUGUUUUUAAAAAUUUUUACUUAUGUACAAUAAAAUGUUUAUAUUAUUAUA